AAACUAUCUCGACGAAGCUCACUAUGUGGCGGCGACGCAGGUGGACGGCCGCGAAUUCUACGACACCGUGGUCGAAAUCCUCGAAGCCGAAACGCAGCCGCUAGAGGAAAGAAAGGGGCCAGGUGCAGCAAAAUACCCACGAACUUCCGAGUCCCCUGCCGGCGAAAUGCGCGAUUUUGGUUCUUCGACUUCGCGUUGCAAACGUGUAAAAUGUACCUCUCCGGAAGAUGUGGCGGAGCGACUAACCACUUUGCCUCGGAAAGAAUGUGCCAGAAAGUGUGCCUACCGCCAGAGAGGCAGAAACUUUCCUGCAGCGUGGUGCCAAAGCAAGGACCAUGCCACAAGGGGUCUAGAAACACAUGGUACUUCAAUUUCGCUGCUGGCCUCUGCACUCGCAUUCUGAGCGCUAACUGUUCCGUCGGCGCUAACAGCUUCCCAUCCUGUGAAGCUUGCACGAAAAGUUGCACCAAUGCUAAUGCACAUGAAGCUUGUUCUCGGGCUGUACCGAACCCGGAAGACUUCCUACCGAAGAAGCCGAAAUAGACAAGCUGCUCUGCUCCGCUGUUUUCAAAAAAUGCCAAGGAGAUCCCUCGACUUCGACCGCACCACCGUAUUAAGUUCGUUCAUCACAAA